AAACUGCCUUGUUGUACCCAGGGACAAGAAAUAUACGGACCGCUUGAGAGAGAGAGAGAGAGAGAGAGAGAGAGAGAGAGAGAGAAGAGAGAGAGAGAGAGGAGAGGAGAGAGAGAGAGAGAGAGAGAGAGAGAGAGAGAGAGAGAGAGAGAGAGAGAGAGAAGAGAGAGAGAGAGAGAGAGAGAGAGAGAGAGAGGAGAGAGAGAGAGAGAGAGGAGAGAGAGAGAGAGAGGAGAGAGAGAGAGAGAGAGGAGAGAGAGAGAGGAGAGAGAGAGAGGAGAGGAGAGAGAGAGAGAGAGAGAGAGAGAGAGAGAGAGAGAGAGAGAGAGAGAGAGAGACAACUUCCCGAGACGCCCAUUGAAGCUAGUGCUUGCAUGCCCGAGGAAAUUUUGUCCACCUCCAGCACUCGACGGGAACUCGAAGGAGUCUUAUGGGCUCUCCAAACUUUUGCCGCCCGCAUACCCAAGCGCCACGUGCUCGUUCGGGUAGACAAUCAAGGGGUGGUAUUCAU